AUGUUUAAAUACAUGCUACAAAGUCCUGACCGCUAUGGUAGCGCAACAGAUACUCCUGAGUGCUGGAGCGAAUCUGAUCUCAUAGAAUCUUGCGCUAAGGAAUCUGGGGCUGCACCCAUGCGCACAUUUUGGAUCAGACUAUCUGUAAAGACGCCUCUAAGGCGCAAAAACGUACUACACACCUUAUGGCAGUAUCUCGUGUCGCCAAGUUACACAGAGUUAGAAUGA